CCACCCCUCCACGCCCCCCAUGCCCCUCACGCCCUUACUGCGGCCCUCCCUCUGCUAGCUCGCUCUCUCCUUCCUCCCCUCCCCUCAUUUGCUCCCUCCCUCCCUCCAAGCCCAAUUGCUCAAGCCGCUUCCUUCCCCAACGCCAGCGCCAGUUCCUCUCCCGGUGGGGCCCGGGAAGGGCCGCAAACCUAGACACGGGGACCGCGGCGGAGCUGCAGGACCAUGGCCGAGCCCCGAGGGACCGCGUCCCCGGAGCCCAGGGCCUCCCCGACGCGGAGCGCGCUGAGCCGGCGGAGCGCCCCACAGCCCCGCCCCUCGAGAGUGGACGCCCGCAGCCUGGGCAGGUACCUGGGCAGCGCCGCCGCCUCCCAGGAGCCCCCCUUCCACGGCUCGCUGAUGCUCUCGGCAGCGGGCUCGGGGCGCCGGCGGGGAGCGCUGAGGGAGCUGCUGGGGCUGCAAGGGGCGGCUUCCGCCGGGUGGCUGUCAGAGGAUCGCGCCGAGGAGCAGCCCUCGGGCGGGCCGAACGGAGCAGGCGGCAGCAGGCUGUGCCUGGAGCCCCAGGAGCACGCUUGGAUAUUGGCGGCCGCGGAGGGCCGCUUUGAGGCGCUGCGGGAGCUGCUGGAAGCGGAGCCGGGGCUGCUGCUGCGUAGCGACCCGAUCACGGGCUACUCGGUGCUGCACUGGCUGGCCAAGCACGGGCGCCACGAGGAGCUCAUCCUGGCGCACAACUUCGCCCAGUGCCGGGGGCUGCGGCUCGACGUGAGCGCCCCGGGGAGCGGCGGCCUCACGCCCCUUCACUUGGCGGCCCAGCAGGGCCACGACCUGGUCAUCAAGGUGCUGGUGGGCGCCUUGGGGGCUGACCCCACGCGCCGCGACCACAGCGGCCACCGGGCCUGUCACUACCUGCGGCCCGACGCUCCCCGGAGCCUACUGGAGCUGUCGGGAGCGGAGGACUGGGAGACAGCGGGCUGCAGCGAGCGGAACAAUGCCAACAACAACAGCAGCGGCGGCGCGGUGUGGACGCUGCCAAAGACUCCGAAUGCAGUGGGUGCGACGGCCAUGGAGACAACAGCCAGAGCAGCGGCAUUGCCCCGCAAGAAGGACUCCACAGGCAGCCGGGUAGCGCAAAUUCAAGGCUUUUUUCGCCAAAUGUUCCCCUUCUUCAAGGACCGUUGAGGGAGACUUAGACUGGAGAGCGCGGAGGGACUGCGACCCUGUGGUGAGGCCUUGGUCCUUGGUUGUCCCGUGUCCCACUGAAGGGGCAAUGCCUAGGACGCGGCCUAGUGCGCCGUGCCUUCCAGGAGCAGACCACCUCAGGGGUCUGCCUCAGGUACCUGUCACAGGUCUCCUGCAGCCACUGGCCAGGAGACCCGGGGACCAGGGCCCCCCUAACCCAGAAGGAGCACAGACUAACCUGUCCUGGCCCCGAGUUCCAAAAGGAGUUAGGAGCAGGAGCAUGGUCCUGCCUGGGGGAGGGAAAGUUAAGCUUCCAGUAGCCAUUUCUAAGCAGGCGGAAGCUCUGGGUUUAUUAGGAAACAUUUGCUAGAAGAAUGAGUUAAGACUGUAAACCACUGGUGCAGAGGAAGCGCCUAACUUCAGGCUUGACUUGGUUAUUAAGGGGUCACUUUGUGCUGCUGUAGUCAACCCCAGGCACUCUGUUCCUGAGACAACCAGGCCUUACCGGUACCUUUUCUAAUGUAACACGGAUGACUUAUUAAACAUA